AGGCACCACGAGAGGAGCCCCGCUCCUCUGAGCGGUGUCGGAGCACCAACUGCGGCUCCCCCUGAGGAAAGUGAAAGCCAACGCCCCACUGUCAGCUCCUCAGCUCCUCCCUCCCUCCUCCAGUGAGAAGUUGACUUUCCUCUGAGCUGCGGUAGUCGAGACUGAGCUCAGCUAGGUUACAUUUUUACCGAGACUUCUCAGCGGAGACGUUGAUUCAUCUGACCGGCGGAAAAAAAAAAAAAAAAAAACGAAGAAGAAACGCGUAGCUAGCUUGAGCGGGAGCAACGGUCAACACCCGGACUUCUUCAUAAAACUCUCCCCGAGGACAAGUUUGUUCGUUCAAACGCUGUUCGUGGGCUGCUUAUAUUCAAUAUAACGUUACCGUCGGUAGUAACAAGUAAGUUAUUGCAGAAUGGCUGAUACAAACGCGGGCGGCUCCGGUGCUAACUGCCUGGAGAAGCUGAAAAUUUACGUGAAGACCCAGAAAGGUUUCAUCCUCGCAGCAGAAAUACUCCUCAGUUUCAUCAUCAUCAUCUGCUACGCUGCGUCCCUUUAUGGAGGCUACUCUGCUGUGGCCAUCUGCGAGAUGGUCUUCGCUAUGGUCUUCUUUGCAAUCUUCAUGAUGGAUCUCGACAAGCAGAUCCAAGUGGUCAACUGGGUCUGGAGCGAUCUUUUCCGUGCUGGUAUCGGUGCUCUCCUGUACAUCAUCACUUCUCUGAUCUGUGUGAUCGGAGGGUCCGGGGACGGUGCACGUAUCGCAGGCGGGGUAUUUGGUUUGAUUGCUGGUCUGCUGUUUGCCUAUGAUACCUACACCAUCUUUCUACAAAUAAAGAGCACCAGGCAGCACACAGCAGCAUCCACCGAUGACAGAGUUUAAACACUCCCAAGACACGUGUGCCUCUGUCAAGAUGGCAGGAGGAGAACAAAGAGGAAUUUGUGCAGACGUUAACGUAAGAGUGGAUCAGAGAGGAUGAUGGACAGUAAAAAUGAAAAGGUCACAGUUUAAUCAAUGCCACUGUAUGGUGUGAACAGGUGAGAUAUUUGUUUAAGAAGAGGGUGAAGCAGUAGCCUUCAUGUAAGACAAAAUCAUGUCUACUGCAUGAGGAAUUCCCCCUCACAAAGAUUUUCGCCAACUUCAAUGUCCCACUGAUUCAAAAAGGGAAAACUGUAAAUUACAGGCAAUGGUUGAUAGCAGCAAGCAGCUUGUCUAACACACGUGUCUACUGUUGACAGACUGCUGUAGUAAGUAGUAACUGUAAGGAGUAACUGUGUCAAUUGAACUUUAGAAGUACACAAUGAAUGGGUGCUUUAGGAAUUGUCUAACAUAAUUGUGCAUUUCUUUAGUGUGUUUUUCUGUAUACUCAGUGAGGUUUCUCAGCUGGUCACACUUUUCCUUCCUUGUUAUUUAAUCGCUGCUCUGUAGAGUGCUCCCCAUGUGUCACAGUGCCUUAAAGCAGCUACAAGGAGUUUUGUGCUGGUUUGGAAACAGUGUCAAUUUAAAACGGAUGGCCUACAUAAGUAAAUGAGAUUAUCAGCAAGAAGAUUGGAUAUUUCUAUUCAAUUCAACUUAAUACCUGUUCCGGUAAAAAUACUAUCAGCUAUAUAUCUGUAUCGGUUAAAUUAUAACCGAUAAAUCUCAAAUUGUUUUCAUGGACUUAACAGGGAUCUGAGCCUUUCUUACCCUCAGGUGUGCGCUGACAACAGGUCAUACACUAAAAAUGUAAAAUUAUGGUCUAAAUUAUCGGUAUCUUGCUUUGAGAAGCAGAGAAAUUAUCUGAUUUUCUGAAAAAAACAAUGUAUCUCUAAUGUUAAUAUACCAGGCAAAUUUUGUAGUGCGUUAGCAACUAAUAAGGAAGCAUGAGGAAGGCUUUUUGUUUUAGAGAAAUAUAUUUUCCAUUAUAUUUUGCUCUUGUGCCUUAUUCUGGGGCAGAGUCAACAAAGACACAGACAAGAAUUGACUUUAGAUUAAUAAAAGGCUUAAAGGGACAGCGAUAGAGCAGAGACAUCGACACAAGCCAGUAACAAAACAGACAAAAUGAAACUUCCUUGUAGUUGCUUCAAAGUGUCUUUCAAAUUAACCAGUGUCUUCAUCUUACUCAUCUUUUAUUUCUAAACAUUUGAAGUGGCCUACUGUUACUGAUGAGAAAUAUUUUGGCUGUUUUUGUACUACACUGAUUGAGGUUUGGGUCAUUCAGAAGCUGUAGACGUUCCAUUAACCAUCAACCAAACGAUCAUCAUUUGAAUUACAGUCUCAUCCUCUGGUUUCACUCAUGUACUUUGAUUCUCGCUCAGGUUGUUGUUGUUGUUUUCUUUUUACGUUUGUAACACAUUUUAAAAGUGCAAAAAAUUGUUCUGUUGACAUUUUAUACCGACCAGUAGUUCACUGCAGUGUUUUUCUUUUGUUUGAUGAGACAGGUGAAUUUCUCCACAAGUUCGAACUUUACUAUGUGGAUAUCAUACAUGUUCACUUUAAGUGUUCUUUACCCUCUGGUGGUUAUUUGACCAAGUAAAACAUCACCUACUUGUCAUUUUUUUAACAUGCUUUACAAGAGUCUGCAGUUUGUAAUUUCAAGAUUCAGAGCAGCCUUGCUUUGGGAAAUAAAAGCCAUUGUUAAAACAAAAAUAUA